GUGGGCAAGGUCGCAAAGAUCCACUGCUACCCUGUGGCGUCCUGUAAGGGUAUGGUCAACUCCAAGGCCUUCUGCUCUGAGGCUGGUCUCCGCAUGCUUGGGAUCUCAAACUGCGAGUUUAUUGUCACUAAAGAGGCUGGACAGGAGUACGCUAUAAACUCGCCAAACGGGACGAUGAAAGAAUAUUUCUGCGAGGCCAUGCGAGAUAUAUCUGUGGGCUGUGACGGCAAAACGGUUUAUUUCUCCAAAGACAAUCAGCACUUUCAGAUGAAUUUUAAAACAAAAUCCAAACAGAAGGCUAGACAGGUGUAUAGAGGGAGGGACAUUAUACUGGCGGAGGAUUUAGGUGACGAGGUGAGUGAGUGGUUCUCUAAUGUGAUUGGAACUGAAGUUCGCCUCCAUCGCUGCCAGAAAAACGUUCUGUCGACAACAAUGGGAAGACAGAACUUGGGCAGUUGCACCAUCCACACAGAGGAGUCGAUAGCAUACCUCAGGCAGUGGGUGGAGAAAAGCCAUGAGUUAAAAGCCGCCUAUUUCCGGCCGAAUAUUCUCAUAGCCGGCUGCGACCCGUUCGACGAGCAGCGAUGGACAAAUUUAAAGAUAGGAAAUGUCUACUUCUCCGUGAAAUGUCCAGACGUCAGAGUCUGUACACAGUCCAGCGAUUUUAACUUUCCGGACUGCAAGCCGACCAUGGAGGAGAGGUCUGAGGUCAGUGAGGCAUUGUGUGUGGACGGGUUCGCCUUCUCCACCACCCUCGGGGUCAACGCCGUGGCCCUCACCACGGGGGAGAUCUGCGUCGGUGACCCGGUCUACGCUUUCAAAGAAAUCUUACUUUCCUCUGGGCAGACGCUAUGACGUGUGGUCAUACACUAGGAAACGUGCUUGUUAGUUGAGCCCACGGUCCUAAGAUUAAAA